AUGGAUUCGACAACAAAGAACUUUCGUACUUCUGAGGAGGAGGAUUGCCUUACACAUUUAAAUAAUAAUAAUGUUAUUACUACUAUUUCAAAUGAUAACGACAAAAGAAAUGAACAACAUCGACUUGAUGUUGAUGAGGAAAAUGAUGACGUGAAUUCUGAAUUGUUAAUAGAUGAACAACAUAAAGGCCUUGAUAUUAUUAUUUCAAAAAUUGGAAUGGGAAGAUUUCAAAGAAGAUUAUUAAUACUUUGUGGAUUUGGAUGGUUUUCGGAUGCCUUAUGGAUAUUGUGUGUAGCAAUCAUAUUACCUCGGGUUCAAGUUCACUUUCAAGUACCAAAUUCAAUUAUCGGGUUACUUUCAAGUUCUCAAUAUUUUGGAAUGAUGAUUGGAGCUUUAUUUUGGGGAUUAUUUUCAGAUAUUUAUGGACGUAAGCAGGCCUUUAGUUGGACUUUGGGAGUAGCAGUAUUUUUUGGUUUUUGUGCAAGUUUAUCUCAAAGUUUUGCUCAAUUAUGUUUUAUGUUUGGCAUGCUGGGCUUUGGCGUUGGAGGAAAUUUACCGGUAGAUGGAGCGAUAUUUUUGGAAUUUGUACCAAAAGAGAAUCAAUAUCUUCUUACUUAUUCGUCAGUCUUUUUCGAAAUUGGAGCCGCAUUUACAUCUUUUAUUGGAUAUCUAAUCUUACCUUCACAUAGUUGUCUUGGAAAUGAAGACCAAAUAGCAAUAUGUGAUGUUUCUAAAGAAAAUAAUGGUUGGAGAUACGUAAUUGUAAUACUCGGGACAUGUAUACUAGUCAUGUUAAUUCUUAGAAUUUUGUUCUUUAGACUUUUAGAAUCGCCAAAAUAUUUAAUCUCACAUAAUCGACAUCAGGAAGCAAUUCUUGUGUUCCAAGAAAUUGCAAGAAUUAAUGGAAAUGAACUCGAUAUUGAUUUUCUUGAUGAUAUCAAGAUCUGUAAAUCCAGUCACAAACAAUUACAAUUUAAACAAAGAUUAAUUUCACAAUUUAAAGAUAUAGAACAUUUAUUCAGUAAAAAAUGGUUAUCAACGACAUUACUUUUAUGGAGUUCGUGGGGAUUAAUAUCGUUUGGUAGUGUAAUGUUUUUUCUUUAUUUACCAAAGUAUCUUGAAGGUUUAGAAGAACAGAAAUUAGGAGAUAAUGACGAAAGUGAAAUAAUUAGAAAUGGAUUGAAAAAUUUUAUAAUUUACUCGAUAUGGGGAAUUCCCGGUGCAAUAAUUUCUUCUUAUUUAAUUGAAACUUCAUUGGGUAGAAAAGGUACCAUGAUUUUAGGUGCAAUCGGAACUUCUUUAUCAAUAUGUUUGUUUGCAAAUUUUCAUGAUACUUCUGAUGUAAUCUUAUUUUCCAUGUUCAUUGGACUUUUAAAAUCUAUUGAUUGGGCCGUGAUUUAUUGUUAUACGCCCGAGGUUUUUGAUACUAAAGUUAGGGGAACCGCUUGUGGAAUUUCUUCUGUUUUUGCUAGAAUAACCGGUAUGGUCGCUCCUAUUGUUACUGGGAACUUAAUUUCGAUUGGUGCUUCCGCACCUUUAUAUGUGACUUCUCUUGUUUUUGGUUUAUUAGCAGCCUUUAUAUUUAUGUUACCUAUUGAAACUAGAGGAAGACAAGCUUAA